AUGGGUAGUAAGAUACACAAACGGGAGCGCGAGGCGGACCAAACCGAGCAAGUGGACGAGGCCCCCGCAAAACGGCGCAGACAGAGCAAUACAGAUCAGGUGAAGCUCUCCAAGCUUUACGCUGACCUCGCAGCAGAGGAAGACGACGUUCGUCUUGAAGCCGCCAAACAAAUCAUCGUCAACUUCUCGCCUGAAAACAAGCCAGCCGUCAAAGAUGUGGAGGAUGCGCUAGUACGCCUGAUUAAAGGUCUUUGCAGUCAGCGCAAAGCAGCUAGGGUCGGAUUCUCGCUCACACUCACUGAAUUGUUACGACAACUUUUUGCAGCAAAGAAGGAUAAUGUCGAAGAUUCGCAGCUUGAGGUGGCAUCUGUCAUCAAGAUGGUAGAGGAAAAGACCAAGGCUAAAGGCAACGUUCCAGGAAAGGAAAAACGGGACCAUACCAUUGGAAAACUCUUUGGAUUUAAGGCCAUCAUGCAAUCAUCAAUACUCAUUGAACCGGAACUCUCGCUGGACUCCUGGAACAAGCUCUUAGACAACGUCUAUCGAAUGGCACGCGACAUCCCAUGGUUACGGGAAGAAUGCGGGAUGGUACUGGUCGAGGCAGUAAGGAGCUUAGAAGGCCAAUCACAGUACCGCCAAUGUGCCGAGGAAGUACUGGAACGUCUGAGCGCGUUUAAGCUCGUUUCUACGCCUGAGGGUGUGGCGGUGUGGCUUACCGUUCAAGCCAGUUAUCCAGAGGCGCUGCCAGAGGGUGUUUGGCACGACAAAGACCCUCUAGUAAAGAGGGAACGCUCUCGACUUGCCAAGAUCUUGAAGGAGGACUUCAACAAGAACGAGACAGAAGAUGGAAAGAACGAAACCACGAAAACUGGGACCACUAAUCCGAACCCAUCCUUUACGUGGGAUUUGGUCUUCGCCGAGAUCCUGAAAAGAGAUGAAAAAAAUAAGAGCGAUUCCAAGGACAAGGUUGAGUUCCCGCAGUUCUGGAUCGACACCGUAGAUGGCAAUCUUUUCUCUUCUUCGGCGUCCCACGAACGUAAAGCCUGGGGCUUCAAGCUGUUGAGCAGCAUGAUUACCCGUGUGCCAGAUUGGGCUGUAUCCGCGCUGUUCAGCCCCAACCUGAUGCGCACCCUCAUCAACCAAAGCAAGAAAGAAGACAGAUUCCUUCAUUCGGCUGCGCUGGCUGCGUUGAGUUCUGUUCAGCUCAGAGUCGAGCAAGAAGACGGAACGGCACUUCCCAUCUUCGUUGCGCUGACUUCGAAGCAUGGCAGCAUUGAGUUCGACCGCAUCACUAAGACGAAAACGCUCGAGCAGAUCCUUGCGUCAGCAGAUGACAAGAGCUUGAUGAAGAUUGUACGGCAUCUCAAGUCAUUGAUCCUACGUCCCGAAAGCGAGGAACAGACAGUUGCAGACAGCCGCCGGCAGGCCAUCGCUGACCUGCUUCUGAACACAGUCAGGCAAUACAAGCGAUAUGAAAAGUUCAACGAGAAAACCUUCAAGAAAGACGUUGCUCACCGACGAGAAGGCCGCGCCGCAGAUGAGCGCAAGUCCAACUGGUUGCGGGAGACUUUGGAGAUACUGGUUGAGUGUGCUUAUUUCAUCCCUUCGAAGAGUGCGGACACCAAGAAGAUGCCUCUUCCCGCUAUCAGUGAUCGCAAUCGAACGAUGUUCCAAGAGCGCCUAUCAUCUUGUUUGACCAAAUUAUUAGACGUAAAGCUAGGUGCUCGCUCGGAUGUCGCCCUCAUGGUUCUAGACAUGAUAAGAGCUAGGAGCAGCAAGUCUGCUAAAUUGGACCUUGCCUUCAAGGCAGACGCUCCGGUUCUCAGCACCAUGGACAAGGCGCUGGAUACACUUGACACCAUCUCUGCAACAGGAUCGAUAGCCGGUAACGAGCUGGCAGCACAGGGCUUCAUGCUUUUGUACUCACUAACGCUCUUGCAAGCCUACAAUGGCGAGGGGGACGCCGUCAUGAUGCUUGAUGAUCUUGAUGCUUCCUACAAAGCCUUCGAGGCGUCACGAAAGGUGACAUCAAAGAAGAAGAACAAGGCCUCAAGCUCCGACGGUCAGAACGCUUUUGUCGAGAUUGUACUCUCCUUCUCAGGGAACACGCGAACGCUAUUCCGUCGAAUCGGAGAAGAAGCGUUCUCCAUCUUUGCGACUGAGAUCAGUGCCGAAGGACUGCGGUCGUUGACAGAAAUUCUGGACACUGAAGAAAAUCUUGAGGGACAAAAAGAGCUGUUCAACCAGGGCGAUGAAGACGUUGAAGAGGGUGGCUCAAGCGAUGACGAAGAAGAUGACUCGGACGUUGAAAUGAUCGAUGGAGAGGAGCCAGAUAGCGACGCUACCUCUGAAUCCUCUGAAUCAGGCUCCGACGGUGACGACAGCGACGCGAGUGACGACGACGAAGAUGAUGAGGAAGAUGCAGAGUUGACUCAAUUCAACAACAUGCUGGCCAUGACUCUUCAGACGUCGAAGCCGAAUGUCGACGGCGACGCGGCAGAAGAGACAUCUGACGAAUCAGACAUGGACGAUGAUCAGAUGAUGGCGCUUGACCCACACCUCAGCAAGAUCUUCAAGGAACGAAGCAAGACAACAAGCAAGAAGAAGGAGCGGGAAGACGCCAAGCAGAACGUUGUACAGUUUAAGUCGAGAGUCCUAGAUCUACUUGCGGUGUACAUGGAGAAGCAAUACUCUAACCCGCUCACUCUGGAAAUUCUCCUCCCAGUACUCCGCCGAACUCGAGCGAACGCAAACAAGCAGACGGCAGACAAAGCGGCCAAGAUGCUGAAGUCUUUCUUCGAUACUCGCACGAAGCGCAAAGCACCUCUCCCGAAGCCUGAAAACGUCGAGGACGUAUGGGAGCUGCUGAAGGGAAUUCACGAGGAGGCAAAGCUAGGCAAUGGUGCAAAGGUCCAUGCAGAUGCGUGCGGCUCUGCUAGCUUGCACGUAGUCAAGGUGCUUGUCGGUCUCGAUAAAGCAAACUAUGCUGGCGUAGUGGAUGUUUAUGCGGAGACACAGAAGCAAUGGUUUGCGGACAAGAAGUCUCCGCUACAGCCUGUGCUGUUCAGCCAGUUCCAGAAUUGGUCUAUCAAUGCAAGACAACAGGGGAGAUGA